UCCACGCGCGCUCUCUCUCGCCAAACGCGUCCAUCGCUCAUCCUUGCUCGGCUCUGUCAUGGACGCUGCUGUCCUUCGCGCGGAACUGAAGGCAUGGGAACGCGACUUCAGGAGCAAGCAUUCUCGUAAUCCGACUGUCGAGGAGAUCAAGGACCAGCCGGCCAUAGCUGCCAAAUACAAACUCUACAAGUCUGUGUCCAAAUCGGCCACAUCGUCAUUCGUUGCAAAGCCGCCCCCCGCGCGUUCAUCUACGCCUCCCAGAUCGCAGUCGCGUCAGAGUACCCGUCCAUCCACGUCCUCCUUGCUGCCGAAGGCCCGCGCCGUCAAGGUCGACCCACCAAUACAAACCACAAAUCCGUUUUCUCCUGUCAAGAAGAAGCCCCGGUCAGCGGAUUCUGGCUCGCCAUCUGCGGCUUCAUCAACGAAGCUAUCAGAACACGCCCCUCACUUCAACCCAUUUACGACUCCUACCAAGAACAAGUCAUCUACGAAACCAAAGCCCUCUGCCCCGCGUCGGAGCCCCUCCCCGGAUCCCUUUCCCCUUAUACAGGUCUCUCAGGCCUCCCAUUCCCCUUCUGCUGCGCGCACCCCCUCCAGCAAAUCCGCCGUGACCCGCGCUCGCAAGCGUCUCCGUGGAGAGCCGGUUUCGCCCUCUCCUGUCAAAGAGAAGAGGGCACGCGUCGGCUCUCAGCGCGCGCUCAACCUCUCGAGCACGCUUCUAGACAGCGAUGAUGAUGACACCCAGCAUACUGUCGGGGCCGCAGAGGAGACAUUCCUCGAGGCAACCCCUAUGAAGCCUCCACCGGGCGGUAGGUCGUUUCGGGUCCUCUUCGAUGAGGUCCUUCCGACCGCGCAGGUGGCCUCGCGGCAGCCCACCAACCGCACCCUCUCACGGACCAUGUCGGCGGCCUCCAAGCCGAACGGCUUCAGCAACAAACGGGCCCGAUCACGAGCCAUGUCGCCGUCAUCUUCUGAAGAUGAAGGUGACGACUGGGAGAACGGGACUAAACUCAAGAGUCUCAUGACGUCCGCCAACACUCUCCAUGUUGUCAAAAGCCCUUCCCUGCAGCCCAAGAGGCCAUCCAAUGGACCUGGGAAGUCGGUGCUUCCUUCAGCUAUGCUGCCAGGCAAAGAUGACUUGCGGUCGGAGAAGGGACCUCUGAAAGGUCCAGCUCCCAAGGGCCCGCUUCCCAGGGGGAAGACGCCUUUGGGACCUGUUGACGCCAGUAGCGCAGGCCGAUUAAUUGGCAAACGAGCCCGUCCUGACGGUCGAGAUGUUCCCACAACAAUGGACAUCACAGAUGGCCUCCGCGAAACGAAAAGCAUCGACCACGUACCGUUUCUGCCUCCUACUCCGCCCCGCGCCGACACCACACAUUCGAGGCCGGGCAUCGCGAACGAUAAAGGCAAAGGCAAGGCCGCCGCCGUGUUCAGUCGGAAGAAGGCGAGGCUGCUUGAGCAGCUGGGUGGCGAUGGAAUCAGUGACGACAGCGCGGAUAGUGAAGAGGAUGACAGCCAUGUGAAGCUCAAGGAACACAGUUGGAAUGCAGUAAGAAGAACGUCAUCCGCACUUGCCGACGAACUGGAUGACCCAGAGUUCGAAUGGCCUGCUCACCCCGCGCAUCCUCCUGACUCUCCUUCCGUGGAUUCUCUUGUGGCCAAGGAGGGCACCGUGGAGGUGCACUUGAGGGACGACUUGAAGCGCAUUCUCUCUUUGUCACCACAUAAGCGGACCGAGGCAGAGGAGAGAAAGCUCGCGGAUGCGGUACUCUACGGUAGGCGCGAGAGCCACUAUGAUGCCAAAGGAAUGGAGGUAUGGGACGUAGGUGAGAUGAGCGAAGGAGCUGAAGGGAUGAGUGGAGAUGGAGAAGAUGAUUGGGAGGGCGAGCCCGUUCCGUGGGAGGUCGGAGAGCUGUAGGAUAGCAGGCGUUAUGGUCAACGUGCAUCUGAGGGGAUGAACACCUGUCAGAGCAGCAAGGCAAAUGUCCCUUGUCCCAUGUGUACCUGUAGGCGUUGCUCGUACUGUAUCGUUUUUGUUUGCUCGAGCGAAUGAGCCGACCGCCUUUCGACCCUAC